AUGUAUACAACUGGCAACUUUACACAGACACUGGAAGAUGUGUUUAAAAACGUUUUUGAAAGAUACAUGAAUAAUUGGCGCAAUAACGACACAACAGAAAAUAACAAAUUGCAAGCAACUCUAGAGGCUGAGAACUUUGACUAUGUGAUCCUAUAUUUAAUGGUAAUGAUUGGGAUGUUUUCGUUCAUCAUUGUGGCAAUCUUGGUGAGCACUGUAAGGUCAAAGAGAAAUAAGAAUUCUGAGGAACCUUAUGAUGAUCCGUACAACAAAUAUAUUGCCAAUGACUGGACACAAAAACAGUGUAUAGUAGUGGAAAAUACUGCUGCAAAGUCCUACUCUUUGCCUACAUCUUCAUAA